UUACUCCAGAAAGUGAUGGAAAACAGGCACACAGGUAUAAAGCUGCUUUCGAGGGACGGCUCUUUAUCGGAAAGUCGUCCUGAGCAGAGACACUUCACAGGGAAAACGUCAACAACAAGAAAGGAAACCACUGCAACCAUAAUGGGAUCGGUGAAAUCAGUUGGACCACUUAUUUUCUUAUUGGCGACUCUUCUCUAUAUUACCAAUUCUUAUCCCGACUUGGACUUUUCACACAUAGGAUGUGAGGAGUGCACGCUGAAAAAGAGCAAAGUUUUCUCACGGGACCAGCCAAUCUUUCAGUGUCAGGGUUGCUGCUUCUCGAGGGCUUACCCGACACCUCUCCGGGUCAAGAAAUUUAUGAUGAACCCGAAGAAUAUCACUUCAGAGGCAGCGUGUUGCACAGCGAGCAGCAGCCAUGAGGUAAAAGUGAGAAACUUUGUGGUGAGAAACCACACAGGCUGCUAUUGCGGCACCUGCAUAUAUCACAAGAUCUGAUUGAUGGAAAACGGAGAUGAGUGGACCGGUUUUGCUCUACGGCAGCGUGUUUCAUGUUCUGUGCACACGUUUUACUCUAUUUAGGAAGGCAUGCUCUCGUGCUGCUUGCCAAGUCAUAUUUUGCUCCUUUGUCUGUGAUGUGUCAUGUACUCCAACAAUGUGAACUCACAAUUUAUGUUGUCAUCAGUGUAUGUAAUGUUGGUGUUUAUGUAACAUUGAUAAAUAGUGGUUGGUGAGCUUUGUGUUAUGUGCAGUGAUUCUGUUUGGCAGAUAAAUGUGAAAAAAAUAAAUAAAUGAAAUGUGGAUUAUCAAAACAAAGUGAUUU